AUGCUGGACAGUGAGCACGUACUCUGGCCCAAGCCGGGCACGGUUUUCACCCGACCUCUUCUUAAAUUGCUGAAGUCCGGCGAUCAGUUGCCGGGAAAUGCAAAACCAUACAAAGCUGUGGUUUUGAAGGAAUACGAUGGUUAUUUUAAAGCUCUCAGAGAUGAAGAUUUUCUAAGAGAAGAAACGGAUGUGCCCUCGUCGGAUGCCAUAGAACCAAUGCAUUUGACGAAGAAAAGAAGAAAAGUGUAG